UUCACUGGCUGCUUUGGAUGUGAGGAGUUUAAAACUACGAUGAGACGGAUUUGCUCGGAUACAGUUGGAUGAAAACUUUCAGAAAUCAAUCCCGUGUGUAUGAUAUUAUUUUCAUCGAUGUGGAAGAGAUAUUGGUGUUUGUAAAGUCUCAGCUACGUGUGAAAAAGCCCUGAAUACAGUAGGGUGAGUUAACCCCUGCAUGACGAGCAUAUUUAGCAGCUAGCAUAGCACCGCUAGCAUAACUGUCACGCCAAGACUGCAGCCUUUCUGAGGAACAUUUUUUAAGACCGUGAGCUAUUUUUGGGAUCAGUCCGAUUAGUCCAUCCGGUUCUACAGACGUUGCAGGUCUUCAUCCCCAGAAGAAGAAGAAGCAGUCCCAGAGCAUGUUGAGUGUUGCUGUUCUGCAGGAUGAACGGAUUUGAUCCUCCAGCUCUGAACGUCUUCAGCUCCAACAUCAACGGACUCGGUGCUCCGUCUCCGGAUCCCCCCAGGAAUAAAGCCAAGAGUGGUGCCAAAGCCCAGUAUGAACAAAGGAAGAACUUCUCCAGAAGCAGCAUCAACAGCUUGACGGACACGUCGCAGUACCAGGUGGAGCACCUCACCACGUUCGUUUUGGACCGGAAAGAUGGGAUGAUUACGGUGGAUGAUGGCGUGCGGCGGCUGCGCCUGCUGGACGCCAAGGGGAAAGUGUGGACGCAGGAAAUGCUGCUGCAGGUGGAGGACAAGGCGGUCAGCCUCAUCGACCUGGACUCACAGAACGAGUUGGAGAACUUCCCCAUCGGCUCCGUCCAGCACUGCCAGGCGGUGAUGAACGCCUGCAGCUACGACUCCAUCCUGGCGCUGGUGUGCAAAGACUCGGGUCAGAGCAAGGCGGACCUGCACCUGUUCCAGUGCGACGACAUCAAGGCGAAUCUGAUUCACCUGGACGUAGAAAGUGCCAUGAUCGAUGCCAAAGGAGGCAAAGUGAAGAAACGACCCGAGACGCUGAAGAUGAUCCUGAAGAGCGAUGGCAUGAUCCCGCCUCCACCUACUACCCCCGCCCCCGAGGCGCCAGCCUCAUCCAAUCAGGACAACAGGGGGCGGGUUGCUGCCUGGUCGGCAUGGGCCAAUGAACAGCAGCACUGCGAGCAGCACCAGCAGCCGUCGCUGGACGACGGCGCGGCGGACAUGGCGGCGCUGCGGGUGGACCGGGAUGUGCAAAUCCUGAACCACAUCCUGGACGACGUGGAGUUCUUUGUGAUGAAGCUGCAGAAGGCGGCCGAGGCGUUCACCGAGCUGAGCAGGAGGAAGAAGGGCAAAAAGGGCAAGAAGAAAGGGCCGGGAGAGGGCGUCCUGUCCCUGAGGUCCAGGCCUCCCAGUGAAGAAGAGUUUGUGGACUGCCUGCAGAAGUUCAAACAUGCCUUCAACCAGUUGGCAAAGCUGAAGGACCACAUUCAGAACCCUAGUGCCGUGGAUCUGGUCCAUUUCCUGUUUACGCCGCUCAGGAUGGUGGUACAGGCGUCCGGCGGUACCGAGCUGGCCCGGAGUGUCCUGGUUCCGCUGCUCAGCAGAGACGCCAUCGAGUUCCUCCAUGCCGCAGGAACGGCCGAGGAGCGCCACCUGUGGGUGACUCUGGGUGAUGGCUGGACCAAGUGCAGGCUGGAGUGGCCAAAGGACCACUAUUUCCCCCAGGUGGCGCUGCGGUUCCGGGACGGCUGGGAGCCCCCUGUGGUUCCGGCUGUGGCUCCGAGUCGGGAGCAGGAACUCCUGCAGCUGGCCGAGAGCCUGGUGAACGCCGACGCCCGCGGUCUGGAGCAGGGGGUGCUGCAGCGGUUUCCUCUGGCUGACGGGAGUUUGGAUCCGCAGAUCCGACUGGAUCAGAACCUUUUUGCCAAAUCAAAGUACGACUUUGUGGCGAGGAACAACACAGAGCUGUCGGUUCUGAAAGACGAACUCCUCGAGGUUCUGGAUGACCGGAAGCAGUGGUGGAAGGUCCGGAACGGCACCGGCGCCACCGGCUACGUGCCAAACAACAUCCUGGAGCUGACCAGAACCUCGGACCUGACCGGCCGUGGAGACCCGGUCUACAGCCACACUAUCCAGAAACAGACCACAAAGUCGGACCCAAGCCUAGAUAAACCACAGAUGUCUGAGGUCCCGUCGCCGCCCGCCCCCAAUCGGCUCCCCACGCCGCCGCUCCCCCCCCCCGCAACAGAACCUGGCAAACCGAGCAGCGCCGCACUUAGCCGCAACAACAGCAGCACAUCAAGCGACGCCGGCAGCACCGCCGCAAGGGAUCCAGGUGCCCAGAGAGCCGCUGUUGCAGGACGUAGGAAGUCCAACAUGGAGGAGGUCCAGGACGAGUUGCUCCACCGGCUGACGUUGGGUCGGAGUGCCCAGAAAAAUUUCCAGGUUCCGUCUCGGAGCAACAGCGGCAACCUGCCGGCUGCAGGAAUCACCUACGACUCUCCGCCAGACGAAGUGAAGGCCUGGCUGGAGGCCAAGGGCUUCAGCCCAGUGACGAUCAGCAGCCUGGGCGUUCUGACCGGAGCCCAGCUGUUCUCCCUCAACAAGGAGGAGCUGAAGACGGUUUGUCCCGACGACGGGGGGCGGGUCUUCAGCCAGGUGACGGUCCAGAAGGCGGCGCUGGAGAAGAGUUCAGGCUCUGAGCUGCAGGAGAUCAUGAGGAGGCGGCAGGAGAAGCUAGCAGCUAGCACCGUCGACUCGGGGGUGGAGUCUUUCGACGAAGGCAGCACCCACUGAGCGUCCGCCGUCUGUUUCUCCUGCUCUCCGCCCACAGGUGGCGGCCGACCGGGCCGAGUUCGUGGAGAUCAUGCGCCGCAGGCAGGAACUGCUCAGCUCGUCGCCAUAGCAACAGAUGGACAUCCAGAAAUCACAGAACCUUCUGCCAUGUUUGCCUGAACUUCACAGGGACGUUUUGCUACUUGUAGCUGAUUUUUCCAAAGCGAAGCCUCUCAGUAUUAAUGUCGGACCGCCUGCUGGCGCCUCUCUGUGCCUCUCGGGUUUUAUUCCCAAUUCCUGGAAGGCAGAAAAACAUUCAGGAACAAAUACUGCUCUGAUUCGUACUUAAAGCAAAAUCAUUCCAUUUAUGAAUGUGAAGCUGGAUUUAUUUCUCCAGAUCAUAAAAUUUAGUUCAUAUGUUUAAAACCUGGAAUGUUCUAGUUCUUCUGUGACUGAAUGGGAUAAAAAUCCAUGAGAAGCACAAACUGAAGCUGCUGAGUUAAACUGAUUCAUUUAAGACCAACAUGUUCACUUUCUGAUGCCGUUCUGAGGCUGUAGGCGUUAACUUUUAAACUAAAGGAUGAUGUAUUAAUGAUUAACUUAAGAUCAAACUGCUGUAAACAGAUUUAUUCUAGAUUUGAUGAUCUUCAGAUGUGAGAAUAUAUUUGAGCUCAAGGUAAAAGCUGUAGGACUGUGAUGAAUGUAGACGACCUGCCGAGCUUCACUGAUGUCUUCUCCAAGCUCCGCCCACAUCCCACCGGGUCCGGCUGAAUCAGAACCGGGUGGUACCUAUGUGGAAACUUAUGCUGAAAACAGAAGAAGUUGGCGUGUGAAUUGUAGCACUGCAGCGCUGUAAUGAGACUGAUGAACUUGAGCUACUUUGCUUUCAACAUGACUAGAGAUCUUUGUACCCAAUCAGGUGUAGCGGCCAAUCAGAAAGCAGCUUUAGUAGUUUUCAUCGUGCCUUUUUCCAUCUAACUGCUCAUUCUGCAAUAAAGAAUUUCCAUAAA